AUGGAUGUGGAUGUGGAUGAGGAUUCAUCUCCGUUAUUAAAAAACGCAGUACCUUUUUCGGCCAAUUAUUCAAAAGUAUACACACAUUCACUUUUCUGUCAAAUCAAUGCGAUUCGAAAAAGUUCCCAAAACAAUAUAAAUGGACAUAAGAACAGCGAGAGGUAUACGUUCGAAAAAGUGGCAGAUAGAAGAACAAUCAGCAAGCUGGCAAUUCUAUUCGGAGCCUCCAAUGACGCAAAGAACGAACCGGAGAUAAUUCCACGUUGGUGGAGCGGCGGAGUGGCGGCGGCUAUCGCACAGUGUUUUACGGCACCCUUGGACUUGAUCGAGUCGCGAAUGGUGAGCAUCAAGAAGGAUUGGAGUAUGGCUUCCAGUCUGCGACACGCCAUCACGACCUAUGGUUUCUUUUCACUGUACGACGGUCUAAGUGCCCAGUUGCUCAGGCAGCUGACAUACACAUCGCUUCGGUUUCACUUAUACGAAUUGGGCAAGGAACAGAUGGACGAUCCAUUCGACUGGCUGGACAAGGUGCUCGUCGCUGGAGUGGCGGGAUGUGUGGCGGGGGUGGUGGGCAUACCCACGGAGUUGGUUAACACCCGGAUGCAGGUCAACCGCGCCCUACCCAGCGAAAAGCGGUGGAACUACCGACAUGUAUUCCACGGAUUGUACCGUGUGACCAGGGACGAGGGCUGGAAGGCGCUCUACAGGGGAUAUUUCCUCUCAUUGGUUCGGUCGGGCUUCAUUACAAUCGGCCAGGUUGCAGCCUACGAUCAGGCCAAGGAAAUCUACAUGGAAUAUUUCAAACUCAAGCACGACAACACCUUUUUGCACCUGAUUAGUUCCACAACGGCUUCUUGUAUCUGCGUACCAAUCAUCAAACCCAUAGAGAACUUGAGGACCAUCAAGAUGGUGAAUUCAAAAGGAUUGUUAAGUAGCUAUGCCUAUAUGUUGCGCUUCGGGCCGCGGGGAUAUUUUCGCGGCAUGGUGCCCUGCCUUCUGCGUAUGGUGCCCAAUACGAUCAUUACGUUUUUGAGUUUCGAGCAAAUUCGUGUUCAUUUUGGAUACUAUCAAAUCGAAGAAAAUAAAGGCUAGCACGUAACAUACGACGAAGAAGUUGUACAUUCGUUUAAAGAUCUAGAUGCAAAAGUGUGGAAAAACUAAUGGGGUAUUUUUACGGACUGUUUCUUAAUUUGGCAAACCA